AUGUCCCUUGGCUACGGCCCAUCUACAAGAACCGCAGCAAUGAGCAGAACCGAAGCAGACCUUACGGUCAACAUCCGCAAAGCUACUAGCAUCGGAAAACAUGUCCGGAGCUGCAUCGUCUAUACUUGGGACCACAAGUCCUCAGUAUCCUUCUGGUCUGGCAUGAAAGUACAACCUAUUCUCGCUGACGAAGUCCAGACGUUUAAAGCCCUUAUUACGAUUCAUAAAGUCCUGCAGGAGGGUCAUCCUGUUACUGUCAGAGAGGCGCAGGAAAAUGUUACAUGGCUAGACAGUUUGAUGAGAGGGGUAACGGGUGAAGGUCUUCGAGGCUAUGGUCCGUUGAUUAGAGAAUAUGUUUUCUUCCUCGAGUCUAAGCUGGCUUUCCAUCGACAGCACCCUGAAUUCAAUGGUCUCUUUGAAUAUGAGGAAUAUAUCAGUCUCAAGUCGAUCAAUGAUCCAAAUGAGGGAUAUGAAACAAUUACCGACCUCAUGACCCUCCAGGACCAAAUCGACACCUUCCAGAAACUUAUCUUUUCACAUUUCCGAGGCAGUGCAAAUAAUGAGUGCAGGAUAUCUGCGUUGGUGCCUCUUGUUCAAGAGAGCUAUGGAAUCUAUAAGUUCAUCACCAGCAUGCUACGAGCGAUGCACUCGACAACGGGAGAUGAAGACGCGUUGGAGCCUCUUCGGGGUCGAUAUGAUGCGCAGUAUUAUCGCCUGGUUCGAUUUUACUACGAAUGUUCAAAUUUAAGAUACCUUACAAGCUUAAUCUCUGUCCCAAAACUCGCGCCGCAGCCACCAAAUUUACUUGCAGGGGAAGAAGAUAAGCCCAGCCUUCCAAAGCGCCCGGUCAACGAACCAGAAAGGGAGCCAACUCCACCACCAAAGGCCACAAUACCUGAUGCUGAACCCAUCAAUGAUUUCUGGUCGACAGAGGCUAAACGCCAACAGGAAGAGUAUGAAGCUGAGCAGCGCCGACUCCAAAGUCAAUGGGAAGAACAGCAGCGGCAGCAAAUGCUUGCACAGCAGCAGGCACAGCGAGAAUUUGAAGAACAGCAGAGACUCCAAGCAGAACAACAGAGGUUAGCUCAGGAACAGCUCAUGGCUAACCAAUACCAGCAGCAAACCCAAGGAAGGUUGGCAGAGCUUGAACAAGAGAACCUAAACGCCCGCGCACAGUAUGAGCGAGACCAGUUGAUGCUCCAGCAAUAUGACAAGCGUGUGAAGGACCUCGAAGAGCAACUGAACCAGAUUAACUCGAACUUCAAUUCACAAAACUCUUCCAAGGACGAUCUUAUUCGAUCUCUCCAGGAGCAACUCAAUACUUGGCGUACUAAAUAUGAAGCACUGGCCAAGCUGUACUCUCAACUACGGCAGGAACAUCUGGAUCUCCUCCAAACUACCAAGUCUCUUAAGCUAAAGGCGGCGUCUGCCCAGGAGGCAAUUGAUAAACGGGAGCGCCUCGAGCGAGAGAUGAAGACUAAGAAUCUGGAACUUGCCGAUAUGAUCAGGGAGCGUGAUAGGGCUCUGCAUGAAAAGGAUCGUCUUACAGGUGGUAAUCGGGAGGAGCUGGAGAAGCUGAAGAGGGAGCUACGUAUGGCUAUUGAGCGAGCGGAAAAUGCUGAACGCGCAAAAGGAUCAGAAAUAUCCGCCAUGCUUUCCAAGUAUAAUCGUGAGAUGGCUGACCUUGAGGAGUCUCUAAGGAAUAAAACACGAGCCCUUGAGGAGUUCCAGUCUAGCAGAGGCGACCUGAACGCAGACCAUGAGAUCAUGCUCCGAGAAAAGGACGAGGAAAUUGAGAUCUACAAGUCUGGAAUGGAGCAGGCGUUGACUGAACUGGAGGAACUGAGACUGAGCCAAGGAGAUGCGGAUAAGGCCCUGGACAGCCAGAUCGAUGACGUCCUUAUUGGCUCUAUAUCCAAGGUCAACGACAUCAUCGAUUCCGUUCUUCAAAGUGGUGUGCAGCGAGUAGAUGAUGCACUCUACGAACUAGAUUCGACCAUGCAAGCUGGAAACCAAAAUGCAUCUCCUUCUUAUGUGUUAUCGCAGAUUGAAAAGGCAUCUGCCAGUGCCACUGAGUUUUCGACUGCUUUCAACAACUUCAUCGCCGACGGACCAAACAGCGAACACGCCGAAAUCAUCCGUACUGUGAGCGUGUUCUCUGGCUCCAUAGCUGAUGUCCUUAGCAACACUAAGGGCUUGACUCGAUUCGCUACCGAUGACAAGAAAGCCGACCAGCUUGUUGGUGCUGCACGAUCUCCUGCCGAGUCCACUAUGGCAUUCUUCCGUGCUCUACAGUCUUUCCGACUGCAAGGCCUCGAGCCUACCCAGAAGACCGAUGUGGUUAUUAAUAACAACCACGAAGUCCUCAUGAACCUCCAGAAACUCUCCAAGCUUGUUGAUACCUUCGCUCCAAAGAGCAACAAGCUUACAGGUGCUGGCGACCUAGGCGAUAUUGUCGACCGAGAACUGACCAAUGCCGCCAACGCAAUUGAAGCCGCAGCACAGCGACUUGCCAAGCUCAAGAAGAAGCCUCGUGACGGCUACUCGACUUACGAGCUCCGCAUCCAUGAUUCGAUUCUAGAGGCAUCUAUUGCGGUAACGACUGCAAUCGCCGAGCUAAUCAAAGCUGCCACUGCAUCACAGCAAGAAAUUGUCAAGGAAGGCCGAGGCAGCUCCUCACGAACGGCAUUCUACAAGAAGAACAACCGUUGGACAGAAGGAUUGAUAUCUGCUGCGAAGGCUGUGGCAACUUCAACCAACACAUUGAUUGAGACCGCCGACGGAGUUAUUUCUGGCAGAAACUCUCCUGAGCAAUUGAUUGUUGCCAGUAACGAUGUGGCUGCUAGCACCGCCCAGCUUGUGGCGGCCAGCCGAGUCAAGGCUACGUUCAUGAGCAAGACUCAAGAUCGACUAGAGACAGCCAGCAAGGCUGUUGGAUCCGCUUGCAGAAGCUUGGUCCGACAGGUACAGGAUAUCAUUGCGGAGAAGAAUCGCAAUGAGACCGAAGCCAUUGACUACACUAAGCUGAGUGGACAUGAGUUUAAAGUGCGAGAGAUGGAACAACAGGUUGAAAUCCUGCAGCUCGAAAAUGCACUCAGUCAAGCUAGAAAGCAACUUGGCGAAAUGCGCAAGAUAUCAUACAUGGAGUAA